AUGAAGAAGGGAUCCACUUGUUUGCCGUACGGUUGGACACAUGAUUUAGCAGCUGUCAUAGCCGAAACCAGAGCAGAGGCAUCACCAGCUUUCGCACUUCAAACCAAAUUCAGAGCCAAAGCCGAGUUCCCAAAAUCAGAGACGGUCAGCCCAGCCGCCCGGCUUGCUGUAGAUUCCAAGCGAUCCAAGACGGAUUCUCACCAAGGGUUUGCUCCGACUCUGGAGAUGUGCCAACAGGCCAUACAAGCCAUUAGUGAGAAACUGCCCCGGGUAGGCAAGAUGGAAUUUUGGGAUCCCCAAAUCAUAUCACAACUUCAGCAAGUUUUUCCCGAAAAGCAUGUGCAUGCUGUCAUGGCCUGUCGUGGAACGGAGAGAACCAUGGAGCCACCCAAGAAUCUCCACGCCCAAGAAGCACCCUUCCGUCGAAUGUUGAUGCUGCGAAGGGAUGGUCAGGUGCCUGCAAGUGACGAGCAACAUGCCCAAAAGGCUCCACCUGCAGAGAGCACGCCCAGAGUAGAUUUUGAGAAGCCAGAACCAGAAAAUCUCACACCGGAAGCCUCGCAGGGGAUUCCCUCCGAAAUGCCAGUAGAGGAACAACCGGUUCCCGACCUAGCCGAGAGUCCUGAACCCAUCCUCCUGACGUGUCUUGCAGCUCUUGAAACCAUGCCUGGACCGAUAGGCAUCAAGGCUCAGGAGAGCCCGGUAGAGGGCGGGUCGGGAUCAAAGAUCCUUGAAGCCAAUUUUGGCGCUACGGUGGUUGCAGAGACGGGGUCUUUGCCUUAUAG